AUGCCAUUUCAGAAUACAGCUUUAGAAAAGAACAUCUAUGCUGGCAUUGUCACUAGCCUGAGCUUUUUCAACAACUCGAUCUUACUUGCUGGUCAUGGCCCCUAUUUGAGAGUGUAUAACGUACAAACCGGAAAGCUGCUCACCUCGAAAUCCAUCUUACCAGCCAACCGUAUCCAUCGCAUUGUCUUUGCCCCAGGUUCCAGCAACACAAACGAACAAGGUGUCGAAAGCCGACAACUCGCAGUAUUUGGAUCAAAGUACCUCAGUCUUCUCAACAUCACCGCUUCUGCCAACGAAGCAACAAUCGAGACAAAGACAUCUUUUGGGCCGUUCAAAGACUGGAUCAUGGACGCACAAUGGAUGAAUGGCACCACACAAAUGACACUGGUGUAUGGCCAUAACGACCUCGAGAUUUUUGAUCUAACUACCCAUCAAGUCGUCUAUCAUGUGCAAUGCAACGUGAAAUGUAUACUGUACUCUGCUCGUAUUUUUGGAUCUACACCAGAAUCGCUGAUCGUGGCAUCAGGCACUGUGUUUAACGAGGUGCAUUUGUGGAAGCCGUAUGACAGAGAAAAAGAUCAACAGGAUGCACCCGUAUACAAAAAGUUGACAGGCCAUGAAGGUGUUAUUUUUGGCAUGCGAUUCAAUGACGAUGCUAGCCAGAUUGUCAGUGUAUCCGAUGAUAGAACGAUCCGUGUAUGGCCAUUGAAAGAGGAGGAUAAAACACCUUUAGUUUUGUUUGGACACACAGCACGUGUAUGGGAUUGUCAGUUUGUGGAUGAAUACCUCGUCAGUAUCUCGGAAGAUGCUUCAUGUCGUGUAUGGAAGAACACACUUAUGGCAACAGCGGACGAGGAUGACACGGGCGAUUGUAUCGCUUGUUGGGAAGGUCAUGCCAGUAAAAACGUGUGGAGCUGUGCUAUCAAUCCCGAGCACAAGAUUGUCGCUACAGGCGGUCAAGAUUCAGGCAUUCGCUUGUGGUCACUGUUGAGCAUCAAGGACAACAAGAUUGAUUCAGAGGAUGAUUUGGUCGCUUUUCCACUACCAGAAGAGAGACAGAAGCACAAGGAUACCAUUCGAAACUUUGUCAUGAUCAAGAAUCGCUGGAUUGUCGCUGCGACGCUAGAAGGUUAUUUGCUGAAGUGCGAUGGUACAACGACUCCACGUCAAUGGGUCGAGAUUCAGCACGAUGUCUCUUACAAGAAUUACGCCAUCAUGAAGAACUCAGAGUGUGGACGUGUGGUGGUUGUGGGUAACAUCUUUGGUGAUUUGGUCUUUUUGAGCCCAACGGAUGCCUUCAAGCCCUUCAAGAUGGCUGCUCAUAAGCAAAAAUUGUUUGAGAUAUUCAUUGAGCCAUCGUCAGAUGCGAAUGUGCUGUAUGUCAUUUCCAAUGGGUACAAUGAUAGUGUCUUGUUUCACAGGCUGGAUUUAUCGACCUCUGUUCCUACCGUCAAGACACUGUUCAAUAUUGAAAUGCCUGCUGAACGUACUACCGUAUUAUCACUCGCCUAUUCAGAAGAGGAAAACAUCUUGAUUUGUGGAUCCAGAGAAUCAGCAUUGUUGAUUUAUCGACUGCCCUGUCAUGCAACUGUCCCUGAAGGCACCAUUCAGACAUUGAAGCCUACACUCCAAUUACGCAAGUCGCAUGGAAAACAAGCCAUUACUAGUGUAUUGAUCAAAAAGACACGCGGCAAUACAGAUGAUACCCAACAAGAGCAACAACAAGACGAGGUCACCGAGGAAGAGGAGGAAGAGAGUGAGCAGCAAGGCAACCAGCUUGUGUUUUAUACAGCAGGCAGAGAUGGAUGCUAUGUGCAAUACAGACUCAACAUGCUCAACACGUCUCAAGCACUGCAAGAAAAGAAGACACAACUGGGCAUUGCAAAUCAAGGCGACACUGUGUUCACAGGCAACGAUAUGAUAUUGGAAAAGUUGUACAGAAAUAAGAUCACCAAGGGUACAUUGGAAGGCUCCAUGAUGCUGGAUGGCGAGCUUUUGCUGAUGGGGUUCUAUCGCAAACACUUUUUCGUAUACAAUGAAAACAAAAAUUUCAGCAUGGUGGCUAUCCAUUGUGGCGGUGGACAUCGACGAUGGGGAUUCUCUACAGAGGAUGCUAAACUCAACACAUCUGCCUUUGCCUUUAUCCGCAAAGAAGUGCUGUACGCUUAUUUCCGCGAAACCUCAAGUGCGACGGAUGGAUUCAAGGAGAGUAUCUUGCAAAGCAACUACCAUGGCCGUGAAGUACGUGCACUUUGCUUCUUGCCUCCUUCGCUCUCGGUGGAGGAGGGUGCCAUCUUGUUUGCUACAGGUGGCGAGGAUACCAUCUUGCGCAUCCAACAAUACACACCACACACCGCCUCCAAGUUCCAUACACAUGUCAGUAUCCGUAAACACACGACGGUCAUCAAGAACAUUAAUUGCAGUCAAGGAUUAUCGACACUGUUGUUUACCAGUGGCGGAUUAGAAGAGUUUCGCUGCUGGAAGAUUGAAGCCUCCUCUGGUGGCAACAACGACGGCCUUGUUCAUUUAAACUGCUUGGAGGUAGCUACGUGUCCUACACUCAGUGUGGAUAUCGAGUCUCGUAUCAUGGACACUACUGCAUUUGCUAUCUCUCCCAGCAAGGGCCUUCAUAUCGUUGGUGCUGUGUAUUCAGAUGCCAUGAUUCGAUUUUGGUUGUUUAACGAAGUGACGAGAAAGUUUUGUUUGGUAGCAGAUGGUACAUGGCAUGCUAAAUGUAUCCUCCAAAUCACACAUGUUGAGGUAGCAGACAAGGUGUAUUUCUUGACAAGUGCAACCGAUGGUAGAAUUGCUGUUUGGGAUAUCCAUGAUGAUUUGUAUGCUGCCGUUGCUACGCAUGGUCAAUUAGAAGCAGAACCCACCAAGGCAGCCUUCAGAUUAUCUGAACCAGCCUUUUAUUACAGUGCUCACAUGUCGGGUGUCAAUGCUUUAGAGGCGGUGCCUUAUCAAGAUCAACAACACAUGCUUGUAUUGACAGGCGGAGAAGACAACGCUGUAUCUGCUGCCUUGUUACAAGUGACAGCAACACAUGUGAUACCAGUGGGAAACCCAUUCAUUUUACCUGACGCUCAUGCCUCGUCUGUUACUGGUAUCAAAUACAUGGAUCAAUCUGUAUUUACAACAUCCACAGAUCAAAGAUUAAACAAAUGGCAGGUCAAUAAGGCGUCAGACGGUGCUGUAUCUCUCUCCAUGACAGAUGCUGCUUACAUGGAUGUCCCUGAUCCAUCUGCUCUAGAUGCUAUUGAAUUCAAUGGUCAAGUGCAUGUUGCUAUCACUGGUGUUGGACUACAGAGUGUUAAGUAUACUUGUGGGCAAUAA